CAGAAGGACAGACUUGGUAUAGUCAUGAUUGAGCCGGAUGGAUCAUCGUGGCAUCCCAAAGGAUGCUGCCCGGGCUUUAAAAGAGUGUGUUAGAAGACUCUAUACACAAGCUUAUCACUCUUGGAGCAAGAUUCCAAACAGUAUACGCCAGGCGAUGUUUAAUAACUUUAAGACUAUGUGUACUUGGGAGAAUGACUUUCAUAAGUUCGUCGAUGAGAAUCUAGAUAGUUUGGUUCAAUUGACACCUGAACUGUCCACUCAGAUUUGGAAAGAAAAAGUGGUAGGGGGGACACACAAGGGUAGAUGCUAUGGUCUAGGCUCUCGCAACGAUGUUAGACGCCUUCAGUCAGGCUUAGAAGGUAUUGGAUCGUCACGUCAAGCUGAGGCACUUGACGGUGUUCAGAUUGCUGCUAUGUCGGAUCAAAUAGCUAAACUUACAGCGGCACUAGCAGAGUCGGAGCGGAAAAGAGUAGCUGAACAACAAAGCCUGAGUGAGACCGUUCAGCAAAUCAAAGAACAAGUGAUGAACCUCGCUCGUCGACCUAGUACUUCGGCUCCCGAUGACACCGACGACGAGAGUGAUGAGGAUGAUUAUGUAGAUCUAACUUCCUAGUUUAGAUCUCUGGACAUUUAUGAACUUUUUGAAAUUUUAAAACGAAUUUUAAAAGACUUUAUAAGUCUUUAAUUUAUGAUUUAGAUACUUUUGAAUGUUAUUUUAAGUUUGUUGUUUUA